AUAUGUUGCACCUGGCGGACACGCCGCCUCGGUCGGUAGUCACAUCCAAUUCGCAGAUCCUAUAAACGGUCUGCGCCCUGAAUUGCUGACAUUCCCAGCCUUAUGCCUCCUUGGAUCUGUCGCAAUUUUUCUCAAAUCAUAAUUACAUGCGGCGCUCGAGUCGCGUGACUAAACCAGACCUUCUAGGGUGGAUCUAUGGUGUAAUGCUACCCUUGCUAUGUCGACGGUAAUGUGGUGGGAUCCAUCUCGGAUUGAAGCGACUGUCACUCGUCACUUUGUCUGCUCACACCUCCUGCCCGACGAGAUAAAGCGAUUGGACUUACCAUUGGGCUUUGGUGAUGGGUUGACCGACGGUACUUACUGGGAAUGGAUUGACGAAAAGGCCAAACGCAUAUUCCUCAUCCUUGCAGACCUAGGCGUGCCAGAUCAGAUUUUUGGACUCAUUGACGAUAGUUGGGACGAUGAUGACCUCCCUAUCCCACUGGACCAAAUCGAACGACUGGCGCUUACACCUACGAGGGAUGAUAAAAUCGAGAAGAGAUUCUAUUCCCGCCAGUUCCACUACUUACUCAAGUUCAUCGAGAAAGGAGACUAUAUAGUCUACGAAGAUCCCGAGGUACCACCACUUAACGUAGAUAAACGCACUGGAUUAAGUCUCGGUACUGCUGUCGACAGAGUUGAAUUGCCAAAUAGACCUGGUGAGGUUUUUUCACGACGUCGCAUUCCUGUUGGGACCGGACCAGGGUUUUUGACGGGAGAGGAAUUUCUCUACGAAAUGAACAGAGCGAAGAAUAUCGAGAACAUCCACCUCGCGUCUUACUAUGGCUCAUAUGUCCAUCAAGGCUUCGCUUACGUCCUCUUCUCGCUUCCAAGUGACUUCAGUCUCAAAUCUCUUCUGGUAACCCAGCCAAGUUCGGUAAAAUCGUUGGCCAAGCAAGACCGGCGCCGUCUCAUCAUGAACUGGAUCCAUUGCCUCGUUGACGCUCUUUGCUAUCUUCACAUACGAGGUCUAUCGCAUGGCAAUAUCAAGCCCUCGACUGUGCUUUACAAUGCCGACAACCACAUUUUCUACGCAGACGUAAGCCGUUUAAGCGUGGAGGCAAUAGCAAGUACCCAAGACAAGUCGACGUUUGACAAGGAGGCUUACGAUUACGCGGCCCCUGAACAAUGGUAUCGCCCGUCAACUUCACACUCCGGCUCACAACGAAGGAGCACUCUUGUUGGCUCUUCGACAUCAACAUCAACAUCAUCGGAUAACUCGACGUUCUCUAUCAACCGGGGAGGUUCGGAUAGCAUGAACCCCGCCGCGAUGCUACAUUCGCCAACUCCCUCUCUCAACCCUCAAGCAGUCGACAUCUUCUCACUAGGUUGCGUGAUACUCGAGCUACUUAGUUUUCUAAUGAAACGUCAGACUCGGAACUUCGCGUCACACCGAGCAGCGAAGCAUAAGCAAGCCGGCCGUGGAGGAGCAGUCUUAGAUUCUUCGUUUCAUAAAAACAUCGGGCAGGUUGAAUCCUGGAUGGUUGGUCUCGCAAAGGACGCAUCGAAGAAGGAUGACCAGGUGUUUCGUGGCGUGGGGCCCAUGCUGCAGGUAGUUGCGCGAAUGCUCUCGGUUGUCCCGCAAGACAGGCCUACGGCCCAGGAGGUUGAGCAAAGCACGUACAAGAUCCUGACGGAGAACUGCCAGAUUGCAGAGCCACACUGUGUCCACCAAUAUGGCGGGUGGGACUUUGGGUUUAGUAAUUUGAACAUCAGCAGAGGAGGCGAUGGUUUUAAUAUCUCGACACGACGACAGAGUGGUUCAGCGAGACCGAACUCGCGACUAGGAUCUGGGUCCUACCGACCACUGAGCAGUAGCUCUAUACAAGAGAGGGAUAUGGCUAGCGGUAGUGGUUCACAGGCUUUGCAAAACGCUCGAGUAAACAAGGUGCGCAAUUGGCAGGCUCACAUAUACGCAGGUAAUAACGACGGUUUCCCACAUACUAAUCUGACGUAGAGGGAGCACUGACGUCCUGGCGUAAUGAUGACAGAAACGACAAGUUUUGGAUAAUCUUGGGCAUUGGGAGGACAUAAAAAGUUGGAAGGCCAUCUACCAGUAAAUAGGGUAUAGGAGUUGUGGGAAUAUUCGAUUCAGUAUCGGCGAAAAUAUUGGUGGUAACUUGCGAUUAUACUC